AUGGCAGCAUACAUUCAAUUAGAUACACCAGUAUUUGGAAAUCCACAUCUUCAUACUCCACCAUCAGAAGAGUUGGAAUCACCAUCAAAAUUCGAUACAACUGAGGAUGUUAGUGUUGAUGCUGAUCAAAACAAGGUCCAACAAGAACAACAACAACAACAGCAACAAACACAACAAGAUAUAUUAGAUAAACAAGAUGAUGAUGAUUCAAUUGAUUUGGAAUCAAUAUUAUGUAUCCAACAACAUUGUCGAGCAUUAAUUGCCAGGAAACAUCUACUUCAUACUCGUCAAUCCGCAUUGACUAUUCAAAGAUAUUACAGAGGAUAUAGAGCCAGGAAACAAGUUCAAGAGCUCAAGAAGGCCACUCCAACACCUGACCCAGCUCCAACACCAACUCAAUCUCAAGUCGAAACACCUACUCCAACUCCAACUCCAAUUCCUUCUUCAGACUCAGUCCCAUCAAAACCAACCCCAACUCCAUCACAAGUCGAAACGCAAACUCAAACCCCAACCCAAGAUCCAACUCCAACUCCAACCCCAACUCCAACUCCAACUUCAUCUUCCACAUCAACAACUACAACAGCUAUUGCUGCCACCACUGCUCCAACAAAGGAGAGUGUAAUUGUACCAUUAACAACAGAGAAGGACCAAACAAAGUCCAAAGACACAGAUAAGAAGGAUAAGGAGAAGGACAAACCAAAGGAUCCAACAGUCCACAACUGGGCAGUAGCAAACAAUGAUGCCUCUAAUGCUCAGAAGUUAAAUAUUAUAACAAGAACCAAGGGUAUUGAGGGACGA